CCACACACACACAAAAAAGAAACCGUUAUCGCCCUCGCAAGAUGAAUUUUCGACUGGUGGUAUACGCUGUCUGCCACGUACGAGCUUCCAGCAGUGAGUGUGCCACGUAAGAGCCAAGUGAUGUGAGUAUUUCAAACCAUUUCUUGUGUUACAGUGUAUCUUAUAGCUAAAUGAAAUGCGGGCAUGUAUUUGUUUUAAAUUCUUUUUAUUGUUUCGCUCAGAUGAGACAGCAGAGACAUGGUAGCCGAUUUCGAAAGAGUGAUACCGUAACCGCUGUGCUUUCCAUUCCCAAUGAGUCUUGCAAUAUUGUACACAUUGCCGGGACAUCGUUCUAUUACUUGCCUGGGUUCGAAGCUUAUUUCACAUAGCUUCGAGCACUCGAAGUUAUAAUAAUUGUGCGCGACAUUUGCUUCUUUCAAGCAAUGCCAUAGUUGACGUGUAUCAUUUUGCGACAGAUUUACUCCGUAUCUCGUCGGAUGACCAUUGCUGAGCCAAAGGCGUACGGCAGUUACUGCAGCUGGACAUCGGUGGACGUAGAUGUUAUGGUCAAUCUGAGUCACGGUAGUGCAUUUUCCCUGUUUCAGUGUUGGUUUUGUAAAUUCUGUUGUAGCUACGAAAACGAACAGGGAAACAGCACUCAGAAAGGACAAGGUGUAGCAGAACAUCUCCGGACAUCUAUUUACCAUGACGACCUACAGUAAAAUGAGACAACUCGUCAUGGAUUUCAAUAUUUAUUGGUAUGAGGACGGCGACAUUUUCCUUGGAGUUGAUGAUCCUGGGUAACGUCCCGCAUGCCGCACACAUCAUCACCCGAUUGGGACCAGGAAUCGCCAGCGUUGGUUGGCUGUUCGACAUCGGACCAGUGAUCGCCAGUCAUUUCGUCGUCGGUGGUGGCAGGUAGUUCUCCGGAACCCAAGUCCUUCUACGACUUCCAGAAGGUUGCAACAGUCGGUCCAACGUGUCCGAAGGAUCAUCGUCGUCAUCAUUGCAUCAGUGUACAAGUAAGCAUCAUGUCUUCGUCGAUCUUGCAUAAACUUGACAAGUUAAAGAAAUGUGGAGAGUUUCAAAAAAUGGCGACAAUUCCUAAAAACAUCAAGUAUGAUGUGGUUGAUGUUAACAAAAUUGAAACGAGGUAUGGCGAGGCGGUCUACGUAGAAAUUAUGAAGGAUCACGAGCACGUAAAGGUGUUCCUUCCAGCUCGGUUUCAUAAACUAAGCACUCAAGACAUCGAAGACAUGAGGAACACGAGCGGGCUCUGGAUGGAGAAGAAAGAGCGAGUUGGAAAAGAGGGGAAACGUCUUCUUUCGCCAGACAUCGUGUUCGGUCAAUCCGAGUAAAAAAAUAAAAAGAAAUGGUGACAUGCCACCUUUGUCCUCCGGCCGAUCGGCAGCACUACACAACAGCGCUGGGACUUCAAGUUCAUCUGGCUAACGUUCAUAACCUUGCAACACCCUGUAUCCCAUUUUGUGAGACACUCUGUACGCUCCGCAACUAUACCAACCGCUAUGAGCUUCAUCUACAUGACAGAGACGACGACGGGCAGGAUGUCAGCACAUUCUUUCAUGAAAACGGACGCUACCUUGCCGGUGUACUUCGACAUUUCGGAUUUCCGUUACGCUUUUAUGUUUUGCUGAAGGCGGAACUCGGUCGACAUACGCCUGAGGAUGAGAUCAUAUUUGUCACUCAAUUUAUUCCUUCGAGUGUGCAUACGCUGUGGUCGGAACGAGACGUAGAACGUGCUGUCAUUGAAGUAGGCACUGAAGUCACCAACAAUUUAGAAAAGCUUGAAAUGCAAGGGUCGGGAUUUUUCUUAUUUCGAAUUCACGCCUGCAUUCUUCAUGUCGGUCGUCUCGCACCACAGCUCAUUGGUUGUACCGACUUUGAAUUGCCAAACGAAUUGAAAAAAAAGUGUCGGUGUCUUCUGAAUGUCGACCUUCACGAGGAUAGUGAACAGAACAUGUGUUUCGCAUUUUGCGUACUUGCCGGUCUACAUCCUGCAAAGGGUUCUUACAGACGCAGAGCUUCAUCCUACAGGUCAUACCUGUCUCAAUAUGUAUUUCCAGAGACGUUUCCUGUAGUGUUCCCGAAAGAUGUAGAAAUGUUUGAGAAGCAGAACGAUGUGAGCAUUAACGUGUACGGUUAUGACAAAGAUGAAAAAUAUGUUUACCCGAUUAAGGUUGUUGACGACCAGUGCAAGAAGCAUGUCGACCUACUGCUGAUUGACUUCCAUUUUGUACUCAUUACUAAUUUCAAUGCUUUGUUCACACCACCUGGAUAUUUUCACUGCAAACGGUGUACGAUGGGUUUCACCACCCCGGGUGUACUCGCCGAUCAUCUACUAAUGUGUAAACAACAAAAAGUGUCCAAGACUAUUUUUCCAAAGAAGGGUGAGACACUGUCGUUUGCCGGAGAGCAUUUGAUGUCGGAAGUUCCCUUCUACUGUGUAUACGACUUUGAGAGUGUACUAUCACCGUGUUCGGGAGGCGGGAAUGUCUACGAGGAACACAUCCCUUCAUCCUUCUGUCUCCUCGUCAUACGCUCGUGCGAUUCGUAUGUCUUGAAGAAACAUAUUUACCGUGGUGCAGACUGCGUUUCCGUUUUCAUGGAACUAUUGCGUAAUUUGCAUGAUGAGCUGUAUGCGAUGUUGCACGAGACUGUGCCCUUGCAAAUGACCCCAGGAGACGAACUCGAACAUUCUGAAGCCACUCACUGUAACAUCUGUAAAGAACCAUUCACUAAGAAGCAGAAAGUGCGAGACCAUGAUCACGUAAGUGGAGAAUUUCGCCAAUCAUUGUGUCAGGGAUGUAAUCUGAAACUGCGGAUACCACGGAAAGUGCCCAUCAUUGCACAUAAUGCCAAUUAUGACCUCGGAUUCAUAGUAGCUCAUCUGCACCUGCUUCGGAAGACAGACAUCAGAGUGAUAGCCUCCAGUUGUCAAAAGUUUAAGGCUAUAGACAUUGGUGUGUUCCGCUUCAUAGACUCGUUAAGCUUCCUCAAUGCUAGUCUCGACACACUGACGAAAAAUCUAUGUGACAAAGGUGAAUCUAACUUCAGGUGUCUGCGUCAGUUUUUCGCAGAGGAGGACUACUUCAGGUUGGUUGUACGUAAAGGGGUUUUCUGUUAUAACUACGUUACCUCUUUUGAACGUUACGACGAGCCCUGUUUGCCAUCACGUGACCAGUUCUUUAACCAACUGAACGGAUCAGAAGUGAGCGAGGAAGAUUACCGCCAUGCGCAAAAUGUGUUUGAAAAAUUUCAACUCAAGAGCCUGGGCGAGUACUCGGAUUUGUACCUUCUGACGGACGCAUUGCUUCUGGCAGACGUGUUUCAAAACUUCCGAAUAUGGGCGUUGGAGACGCACAAAAUUGAACCACUUCAUUUCGUGUCACUCCCGGGACUAAGCAUGUCUUGCGCACUAAAAAUGAGCCGGAUUAAUCUGGAUUUAAUCCACGAUCCCGAUGCCUAUCUGUUAAUUGAACGGGGCCUGCGUGGUGGUAUGACCCAGUGUUCAACGCGAAUGGCCACUGCAAAUGUCCCAGGGACAGAUCAGUACGAUCCCGAAAAACCAAAGACCAUAAUUCAUUACAUGGACAUAAAUGGACUCUAUGGCACAGUGAUGCGUGAACCACUCCCAUUCGGAGACUUUGAAUGGCUGUCACCCGAAGAGGUUGCAGGUUUAGAUGUAACCCUUGUUGCAGAUUAUGCAGACGUUGGUUAUUUUUUAGAGGUAGACCUGGCCUACGUACAAGAGCUCCACGAACGACAUAAAGAUUUACCGCUCGCGCCCGAAAAAAUGAGCGUCCCGUAUGAGUUGCUUUCGGAUUAUCAGAAAGACCUGAUGAAAAAAUUUAACCUCCCACAGCAUGAUAUAGAACCGAAAUUACUCCUUACACUGCUUGACAAGAAGAAGUAUUUUCUUCAUUAUCGCAGUCUAAAGUUGUACCUACAGUUGGGUCUUCGGCUCGAGAAAAUUCACCGGGUGCUCAGGUUCAAACAAAAACCAUUCCUGCGAUCCUAUGUUGACUUCCAUCAUGAACUACGCAAGCAGGCAACCAAUACUUUCGAACCUGGAGCUAUUGGUAUAUCCUUGCGUUUUAGUUUGUGA